AGCGGGACUCAUAUUCAGCGAAGGAGUGCCACUUUGCCUCUCGGGGAUACUUCAGCUGAGCGGAGAGCUUAAUAGAACCCAACUUUCAGAACCUCGGACAGCUCCCGUCAAAGACGCACGGAAGAUCAUUUUUUCCUACGCACAGCAGCAUUGCGAGCGAUGUUACCAAGGAACGGCUCCCAGCUCCUUCUCCUCGUGGCCAUGUGUAGUGUGUUAUGCUCCAGGACGCUGAGCCUACCGUAUCCACCAAUGAGGUUGGGUAAACUUGAAGGCGACAGCGAGAAUGACUGGACAAAGAGCCCCUCCGCACAAGAUUCACUUCCAGAAAGCUAUAAACUUUACUACGACCUACCAAAUGCAGCUGCACGACCUACGAGGCACGCAGAUGGUCUUUUCACAAGCGGAUACAGCAAACUUCUUGGGCAACUGUCUGCCAGACGAUACCUGGAAUCUUUGAUUGGAAAAAGAGUGAGCAAUGACUUGCUGGAGGAGCCGAUGCCAGUCAAGCGCCAUUCAGAUGCCAUUUUCACAGACAACUACAGCCGUUUCCGGAAACAGAUGGCGGUGAAGAAGUACCUGAACUCCGUUCUGACAGGCAAGAGGAGCCAAGAAGACCCCCCAAAUGUGAAGGAAGAGUCUCCCAGAAAUGACGCUCCCUUCUCAGAGAACUACGAUGACGUCAGUGUAGAUGACUUACUCAACCACCUCCCGCUGACUCUCUGAGGAACACCCCUAGGAACAAACGGCCUCCAUCACCCAUCCUUAUUGAUUUGCCGUUAAAACACC